UUCAGUCCCCACUGGCCUCUGGGACAGAAGCAAGGAGAAGGGGCCAGGAAGGCUGCCUCAGAGCAAGAAAGAAGCUGCUGGUUGGGUUCACGAUGAAAACACUCGUUCUUUUGCUGCUGGUGCUCCUGGACUUGGGACUGGCUCAAAAAACCCUCCACAGGGUGCCCCUCAGGAGGCAGCCGUCCCUCCGGAAGAAGCUGCGGGCAGGGGGCCAGCUCUCUGAGUUUUGGAAAUCCCAGAAUUUGGACAUGAUCCAGUACACCGAGGCCUGCACAGUGACCCAGGCUGCCGACGAGCCCCUCAUCAACUACAUGGAUACAGAAUACUUUGGCACCAUCUCCAUUGGCUCUCCACCACAGAACUUCACCGUCAUCUUUGACACCGGCUCCUCCAACCUCUGGGUCCCUUCCGUGUACUGCACGAGUCCCGCCUGCAAGACACACUCCAGGUUCUACCCUUCCCGGUCCAGCACAUACACCGCAGUUGGGAGUCAUUUCACCAUUCAGUACGGGACUGGGAGCUUGUCUGGAGUCAUCGGAACCGACCAAGUCUCUGUGGAAGGGCUGCUUGUGGUCGGCCAGCAAUUUGGAGAGAGCGUCACGGAGCCUGGCCAGACCUUCGUGAAUGCAGAGUUUGAUGGAAUUCUGGGCCUGGGAUACCCCUCCUUGGCUGUGGGAGGGGUGACCCCGGUGUUCGACAACAUGAUGGCCCAGAACCUGGUGGAUAUACCCAUGUUUUCUGUGUACAUGAGCAGUGACUCAGAAAGUGGUGGGGGGAGUGAGCUGAUUUUCGGAGGCUAUGACCAUUCCCAUUUCUCUGGGAAUCUGAACUGGGUCCCUGUCACCAAGCAAGGCUACUGGCAGAUCUCACUGGAUGCAAUCCAGGUGGGAGGUGCAGUGAUGUUCUGCUCUGAGGGCUGCCAGGCCAUUGUGGACACAGGGACUUCCCUCAUCACGGGCCCCUCAGCCAAGAUCAAGCAGCUGCAGAAGGCCAUUGGGGCAGAGCCCGUGGAUGGAGAAUAUGCUGUGGAGUGCGCCAACCUCAACGUCAUGCCGGAUGUCACCUUCACCAUCAACGGAGUCUCCUACACCCUCCAGCCAACUGCCUACACCCUGCUGGACUUGGUGGAUGGAAUGGAGUUUUGCAGCAGUGGCUUUCAAGGUCUUGACAUCCAGCCUCCAUCUGGGCCCCUCUGGAUUCUGGGUGAUGUCUUCAUUAGACAGUUUUAUUCAGUGUUUGAUCGUGGGAAUAACCGUGUAGGGCUGGCCCCUGCCGUCCCCUAAGCAGUCGCCUUGUCCAUGUGCCUGUCUGCCUGACGCCCCUUAGAAAGUCAGCGGUACCUGGGGGGUGCGGGCAUUCUUCACGGCGGUGAGAAAGUCAUUUUUGGUAGGAUGCAACUGUUCCAGAGCCACAACUUGAAUUAGGGCCAAAUAGAGCAUGAGAACAUACACACCCGCUCACACGCAUCAUGCAUUUCACACACUCCCACAUACCCACCUCCCCCACCACCAUCUUGAGGGAAGAAUUAAGUUAUAGGCCCAAACUUUUGAUCGCUUUUUGCUAACACUUUCUUUCGGAAAUCUCCAAACAUGUACCCAAGCAGAGAUGACAGUGAAAUAAAUUCCUGUGGGCACCAGCCACCUUGCAUAACCCACCAGCACGCGGCCAGGCCUGUUUAAUCUGAGCCUGUCUUCUUCCCUCCAGCCCACGUACCUGCAUCAUUCUGAAGCAAAUUCUUAGCAUCACAGCAUAAAUCAUCACAUCAAAGAUUUAUCCAUAAAUCCUUCUACUGUCCUUACCUAUGCAAUCAGUGUUCAAAUGUUUAUUGUCUAGGAAAUGUUGGGUCAUUUUCACAGUUGACUUGUUCUCAUCGGGAUGCAAAUAAAGUUUACAAACUGCAUUUA